GGGUCAUUAAUAAUAAUCAUGAGCCCAAGAGCCCUAGGCUUCAGGCUCUAUGCCGCAUUGCACUGCGUUUUCCAAUGUCGUCUAUUCCCUCGCUUCGAAGUGAUGUUGCAUAGCAGACCAACUAGUCAGUUAUGCCAGGCGGAUCCGGAUAUGUGACCGACCAUCAUUUCGUCUCAUAUAUAAAUGUGUAGAGAGCCCACUACGAGCACCGCUCGGCUGGUGGCUUUUAGCUGUCAUGUACAUGUACACAUUCAGUUCUAGAAUCAAAUGCUCAUGGCUGUCCAAUUUAGUGAUGAAAUGGCGGCGAGAGCCAGGGCUCUCUGUACAGAGAUAACUCCGCAAUGCCCUGUUGAGUUCACCACACUAGGGUACUUCCCAAACUUAGGCGCAAACAGCUUUUUCUGUGCUUGUUUCGGGGUUUUCUUCUUUGUCGCCCUCGUGGUAGGAGUGUGGAAGAAGACAUGGACAUUCACCUUUGCUGUUACGGGAGCAUGCGCGUUAGAAUCCGUCGGGUAUGCAGGCAGGGUUUUGAUAUACCAAAAUCCGUGGGGGACAGGGUUCACCCUACAAAUCAUCACCAUCAUCCUUGGGCCAACGUUCCUCUGUGCUGCUAUCUACCUGACCCUAAAACACGUCGCUCUGGCCGUGGGCCGUGAGAUAUCCCGCAUACCGCCUUAUCUGUACACAUGGAUCUUUAUCCCAUGUGAUAUUCUCUGCCUUGUCCUGCAAGGGAUUGGCGGCGGCGUGGCCGCAAGUGGCGACCAGAAGAAAGAUAAGGGCCUCCUGGAUAACGGAAAUCGCAUAAUCAUGGCAGGCAUCGGUCUUCAGGUUGCCGUACUCUCGCUUUUUGGAACGGCCGCCCUGGACUACUAUUGGCGCGUAUCCCGUUAUCAUCGCAAAUUGCUGGCCACCGAUGAGGAACGAGCGGCAUGGAGGGAUAGGAAGUUCCACAUUUUUGCUGGUGCUGUGUCCAUGGCCUAUCUAACCAUCUACUCCAGAUGCGUAUACCGAGAUGGCUGGAGGUUGGGGGUGAGUACUCACAAAAAGUGGCAUAGAAAUGUCUGUGCUGGUGCUAACAGAGCUCCAGAAAUCCCAUUAUGCGAGACGAACCCUCAUUCAUUGCUAUGGAAUCAGUGAUGAUCCUAAUUGCCGCCGGCUUGCUCUCCUGCUUCCCUGCAGGCAUUUUGUUUCCGCGCAUGAGCACACAGCUAAGAACCCCAAAGGCUUAGAAAUACCAUUUUAAAGAACACCACAACAGCACACGCUUUUCGGUAUUGUAAUAAAGUCGGUCCUGUGGAUCAAGGGGGAUCCAGAAAGCCUUGGUUUACGAUGUCUUCAACCCGCAACGACCUGGAACGGCCAGAGUAUUAUGUGUUUUAGUGGGUGCGCAUUCGAUUCGAGCGUCUUGAGAAGAAAGGAGGAGGAGUAUUUUUUUUCCACGGAGGCGGACAAUAUCGAUAGGGAGUAAGUAACUUUUGGUAUCAACGAACUAUAACGCGACAUAUUGAAGAGCGCGGGGAAGAAAGAGGUUUGUUUGUUGAACGGUUUCUGAGGUUGGUACAUGUACAAGAGGGGGGAGACGUGAGGGGUCAGUCACGUACAUGGCGUUGACGUGAGAUGAAUGUCUACAUUUAUUUGUGUCGCCAAGUGCCAUGAUGUAUGUACAUAUAAAAAAAAUAAUGGUGCCAUAAGAGGAAUAUAAUAAAUUAAGGGACCUUUUUCUCUCCUUUUUAUCUCCAGCCAGGACCAGCCUUCUUUCCCCUUUCUUUCCUUUCCUCCUUUUUUUCUUUUUCUUUUACAAGAGCAAUAAAAAACUAAUACAAUAAUUCACAGGAAAAGCCGAAAAAAAAGAGAAAAAAAAAAAGAAAAAAAA